AAAUCUUUUAUCCGCUUGAGAAGACACAGCUACAAUAAAAUAUUUAGGAUGGAAAUAUAGAACAUUGAACCCUUUAUCCUAAGAUCCGCGAUUCGAUUUACUUCAUGUGUCCGUGAAUCAGCAUCGACAGGGAUAUUUAUAGCUACCAGUGUCAAGAAUGAAGACGUGUGGUGCACAUAAUCUUACUCAACCAAUUCACAUUUACUGAUUUUGUGUUCAAACCAGAUACUUUGAUUUGCUGAAAUCAGUUCUACGCAUGUGAUUGAAUGGAGAGAAAACGCGUGAGGUUUCAAAAUGAGUUCCUUUUCAAAUGGGACGUACGACAACAACGGAAACAAAGAAGACGUCUUAUUUGCAUUUUAAUUGGCUGUUGUACAGUAACAUGUCUUACGAUUUAUCAUAUCUUAACGACAUCGCAAACCUCAGUCAGAACGAGUUUUCAAAAUUCUCCAGUGCGAUUCCAAAUGUCACACUACUGGGUCAUAAGGGACGACAGCUUUUUCAAAAACAAGGAAUACGAGGAGCUGAUGACUUCAUAUCUUCGUAAGCAAUCCUUUGAUCCAGAAGUAAACAAUGUGGUAAUGCCGCCGGAAGACCUUGAUGAGGGAAUGUAUCAAUUCGUGGAAGGAAAAGAUGACUUCCUUGAGACUCCAGAAAACUAUUCAGAUUUCGAUAACGCGUCUAGUAAAAGAACAUGCGAUAUACCAUUAAGAAAUGUUCUUUUUCUCAAAACACACUACACAGGAGGUGAUAUCAUCACAAACAUUUUCAACCGCUUCGCCGAUAUCCGUCAUCUGCUCGUAGCCCUUCCGACCAAUGAUCUUUCAUCGUUUUAUUGGCCGAGCAAGUUUCAAUGGCGAUAUAUGGAUAUGAGGCGACUCGAGGGAUAUCUUCCAAAUGUGCUGUGCAACUACGCACGGUACAACGCCAAGGUCAUGACGAAAUUCAUGCCGUUGAGUACACAAUUCGUGAGCAUGCUCAGAAACCCCGUGGAUUAUUUUGCGACCGUUUUCAGUCAGCUCGAUAUAGCCAAGAGAAUGGAAAUUGAGGGCGAAAAGCCGUUUGACAAGUUUGUGUUAAAUAUUAAACGGUUCUUAGUACAGACAAAACAAAAGAGGAGAUUUUUUGACUCUAUGAAUCUUCUCAAAAACGGAAUGUUCUUCGACCUCGGCCUGCACACGUCGAAUUACGAAGACGAAAUUGCAAUUUCUAGCGCAAUAUUUGACUUACAGGAGAAAUUCACCGUAGUUCUGAUCUACGAGUACCUGGAUGAGUCUUUGGUCCUACUGAAACGAACUCUCUGCUGGGAAAUCGAUGACGUUAUCUAUUUGAGCGCAUUAUUACCACGCAGUAAGUCGAAUAGAGAUUUUCAUGUCUCGCGUGAAGCCAAAGAAGCGCUCGCGAGAUGGAACAUGGCUGACUUUAAGUUGUACGAUUUUUUCAAUGCAACUCUUUGGCAGCAGAUACGAAACGAGGAGGGUUUUGACGCAGACGUUGCGCGCUUUCGGGAGCGGAGGAAAGAGAUUGAAAUGCACUGUGAAAAAAUUGACUCGUUUGAUGGGAGAAUUAACUUCAAUUUUGUGAAUUAUAAUGACAGCGUUAGUUCUGAAACUGACGGCUCUCAAGGUGUUAAACUUAGAGAUAUAUGCGCAAAGAUGGCGAUGGAUGAUAGCGAAUACUUAGAAUACUUUCGGAGAGAGUGACAUGUGGAAUACCUUCAAGAUCGUCUUGAAGAAAAAACAAAAAUAAAACACCAAAAUUUAUGUACAAGAACGCAGAAAAAUAUUUCAAAAUAUU